AUGGGCAAAAAACCUGUUGACUCGAGUGUUCGACCUCAGGCAGUAGACUUACCUUAUGCUGGACUCAACCAAACUCAAAUUGCAAGACAACGCAAUAUUUCCAGACAUUGCGUAGAAAAUGCUAUAAAGAAAUACAAGAAAACGGGUCAAUACAAUGACUUUCUACCUACUGGCCGUCCAAAAAGAAUUCCAAGUUGUGGCGUUCGACAUCUGAAGCGACUGGUCAAGGAUGAUAGACGUAUUAGUGCGGCUAAAAUUACGUCGGACGUGAACGCUAGCUUGCCAAAACCAGUUUCAACAAGAACGGUACGUCGUUUUCUAAGAGAUCAUGGGUAUGAAUACGUCUUCAAGAUAAAAACAAUGACUCAGUAA